CUUAAUUACUCCGCAAGUUUGUGCCUUAAAUCGUCAGGCUGGAUUUGCCCGACCCUAGAAACUGGUGGAGCGGGAGGAAAUCGUGGAGGAACGAGAACCGGCACGCCCGAAGGGGCAGCAUGACGGCGGAUACGGCUGAGGAUCCCGUGCACACGUCGCGCUCCAGCGCACUCCUGGGCGACGCAGAACUGGACGAGCGUGUCUUCAUUAACGUGUCCGGGCUGCGCUUCGAGACGCAGCUGAAGACGCUCUCCCGCUUCCCGAACACGCUGCUCGGAGACCCGUACAAACGCACCCGCUUCUUUGACCCGCUCCGGAACGAGUACUACUUCGACCGGAACCGGACCAGCUUUGACGCCAUCCUGUACUACUACCAAUCCGGUGGGAGGCUCCGCCGACCCCUAAACGUACCUGUAGAGAUUUUCAUGGAAGAGAUCAAGUUUUACGAGAUCGAGGAGACCGUGAUACGGGGCUUCAUCGAGGACGAAGGACUUAAUAAGGAAGAGGAGCGGCCGAUGCCCGCCAACGCGUUCCAGCGGCAGGUCUGGCUCCUGUUCGAGUACCCCGACAGCUCACUAGCGGCCCGAGGGAUCGCCAUCGUGUCUGUGAUGGUCAUCUUGAUAUCAAUCAUCAUCUUCUGCUUGGAGACCUUGCCAGAAUUCAGAAGUUCGGAUGCAGCAGUUAACAGGACGACUGAAGAGCCCUGGAGUCCAGGCAACCCGUUCACGGACCCGUUCUUUCUGCUCGAGACGGUCUGCAUUGCGUGGUUUUGCUUCGAGAUGUUCGUGAGGUUCGUGUCGUGUCCGAGCAAACCGGUGUUCUACAAGGACAUCAUGAACAUCAUCGACAUCAUCGCAAUCGUGCCGUAUUUUAUAACUCUGGCUUUGGAGCUUGCGGAGAACGGCGAGAACGCGCAACAGGCGGAAUCCCUGACCGUGCUCAGAGUGGUGCGUCUGGUGCGCGUCUUCCGCAUUUUCAAACUCUCGCGCCACUCGAAGGGACUGCAGAUCCUGGGCCGGACGCUGCACGCCAGCAUGCGCGAACUGGGACUGCUCAUCUUUUUCCUCAUCAUCGGCAUCGUCCUGUUCUCCAGCGCGGUCUUCUUCGCUGAGGUCGACGACCCCGAUUCGGGCUUCACCAGCAUCCCGAAGUCGUUUUGGUGGGCUGUGGUUACCAUGACAACAGUAGGAUACGGGGACAUGAGUCCUGUGACGGUCGGAGGUAAAAUCGUCGGUUCGAUGUGUGCAGUGGCUGGUGUGCUCACCAUUGCUUUGCCCGUUCCCGUCAUCGUGUCCAACUUCAGCUAUUUCUACCACCGCGAAAACAACCAGGAGGAUGACAACACCUACACGCAUGUGACCUGCGGGCGGCCGGUGGCGUCGUUUGAUGAAAACAACACCAAAAUCACACUGAUUAAAUCAGAGUGCUCGGAAAGUGAUAAUGAUGAUGAUGAUAAAGAUGGCUUGAAUUUCUCCAUGUACAGUAAUUUAAAUCUUGAUGAAUACACAGGGAAGCUGACAGAUGUGUGAACAUCCAAAAAACACACAUAACCAAACAGAAUUUUAGGUGUGGCAUUAGAACCGUGGUUCUUUUACUGGGGUCAGAGUUCCCCAGGG